UGCGUGCUGACGCGCGGGCUCGAGUUGAGGCCCGAUUCCGCGCCCGCCAUGGCCGACAAAAUGGAUAUGUCUUUGGACGACAUCAUCAAGCUGAACCGGAGCCAGCGCGGAGGCCGCGGCGGGGGUCGGGGGCGCGGCAGGGCUGGCUCCCAGGGCGGCCGCGGCGGCGGAGUCCAGGCCGCGGCGCGAGUGAACCGAGGCGGCNNNNUUGUCCGGCGCCCGUCCAGCCUCGUGGCGGGGUCCCCCGGACUCCCCGGGCGCGGCUCACGGGUUGCGGUUUCCCCGCAGCCGAAGCAACUUCCCGACAAGUGGCAGCACGACCUUUUCGACAGUGGUUUCGGUGGAGGAGCCGGCGUGGAGACCGGGGGCAAGCUGCUGGUGUCCAACCUGGACUUCGGAGUCUCGGAUGCCGAUAUUCAGGAACUCUUUGCUGAAUUUGGAACCUUGAAGAAGGCAGCCGUGCACUACGACCGUUCUGGGAGAAGUUUAGGGACAGCAGAUGUACACUUUGAACGAAAAGCUGAUGCCCUGAAAGCUAUGAAACAGUACAAUGGUGUCCCUUUGGAUGGUCGCCCUAUGAACAUCCAGCUCGUCACAUCACAGAUUGAUACACAACGGAGACCUGCACAGAGCAUAAACAGAGGUGGCAUGACAAGAAACCGUGGCUCUGGAGGUUUUGGUGGUGGUGGCACCCGGAGAGGGACCCGUGGAGGUAGCCGGGGAAGAGGAAGAGGCACCGGCAGGAACGCAAAGCAGCAGCUUUCUGCGGAAGAGCUAGAUGCCCAGCUGGACGCUUACAAUGCAAGGAUGGACACCAGUUAAACAGCCAGCAAAUCCUCACGUGCAGCAGGACCCAGAAGCCUCGUCCGUGAUCCCUGGAGGGAGGGGUUGACAACUGGACUGUGCAGCCAAUGGUGGAUUUGUUCUUUCUGUUUUAAAAUAGGAUCUAAAAACUCAUGUAAAGGUUUUUUUCUUUUUCUUUUUUUUUUUUAAUCCGAAACAGACCUGUUUUGUACUGAGUUAUUUUUGGGAUAAAUUUUACUGGUUGCUGUUGUGGAGAAGGUGGCAUUUUCACCUUUGCCAUAAUAAAAUAGAAAUGUGUGUAGAA